GGUCAGCAGGCGGAACCUUUGUUUCAGGGGGGGGGGGGGGGCUCAUAACAUCGUUGCACAAUAUGCCGUCUGUCGGAAAGCCAGACCAACAGCCUUGUUUUAGCAAUAAAUCCGUGGUUUUAAGGGAUGUGUGACGCAGCAGAGGUGGACCUGUAUGCUGUCCUGGGAGCCAGCCCCUCAGACUCGCUCCAGCAGCUCAGACACAGGUACCAGCAGCAGGCCUUGCAGUACCACCCAGACCGUCUCGGAGGCAAGUGUUCUUCAGAAGCAGAGUCCGGUGUAAAGAAGUUUCUAGAAGUGGAUGCGGCCUGGAAGAUCCUCAGUGACCAGGACAGCAGGAAACAGUAUGACCUGCAGAGGAGAGUUCAGGAACUGAAACAGGAUUGGCCGGUGGAUUCUACAGUCUAUCUGGAGGACAUGACCUGGGACCAGGAUGAGUGUGUGUACACAUACGGCUGUCGCUGUGGCGGAGGAUUCAACGUCUCCUCCGCUGAGGUGGAGGAGGAGACUCAGACGGGGCAUCAGGACGAUGAAGAGGAGGACACGCGCAGAGGUCUGGUUGUCUGCUGCGAUACGUGUUCGCUCAGUGUGUGCGUCACAUGGUCCUUACAUAGAAAGACUCAAACUUGAAAAAUAUAAUACAAUAAUAAGACUUAUUUGGAAAACUUUCACCUUUGACAAUG